AUGGGAAAGAAGACAACCACCAAGAAGGGCGCAAGCACCAAGGAGCCAACCACUCGUGAUUGCACCGUCCACUUGCACAAACACAUGCAGAAGAUCUCCUUCAAGAAGCGUGCGCCUCGUGCGGUGCGCGUCGUGAGGCAGUUCGCAGCCAAAGUCAUGAUGACUUCCGAUGUGCGCAUCGACACCAAGCUCAACAAGUUCCUCUGGAGCAACGGCGUGCGCAAUGUGCCGCGACGCGUGCGCGUGCGCUUGUCUCGCAAGCGCAACGAGGAUGAGGAUGCGAAGGAGAAGAUGUUCACCUUGGUUCAACAUGUCCCCGUGGAGAGCUUCAAAGGUCUCCAGACUGAGAACGUCCGAGAUGAGUGUACUAGACGAGACAAGGGCGCGGAUCUGCAGAAAAAAAAGCGCAGAGAUGGACGGAAAUCUGAAACUAGGCUUUCUGUUGGGAUGCUUGCUUCGCUCAUGCGCCUUCAGGGCUGCCGCAGCUACACUGCGGUGGACUCGAGUCGAGCCUCGAAGGAUCUGCGGGAGAUCCGCAACAGCAAAGUGAGUUCGGAGGCGCGCCAGCAGAUCCGCGACGACCUGCAGAACUUUUGGUCCGAGCUACGGACCUUGCGACGCAGGCCACAGCGCCGUAGUGGAAGUCCGGAGAAUCAUCGGAAGGGCCGCAGCUUGGCCGUCGUCGUGCGCGACGACGACGGCACCGCGGCGAGGAGAAAAGAGAAGGUCAUCCCUCCAGCGAUGACGCUUCCAACGACCCGAAGCAGCGCCGUGGGCAACGCUACCACAGCGCAUCCCCCGGAUCCAUUUUUGGCCAUGGAUUGGAAGCGCCGACGGACCUUGCCAAGUGCGUGCGUGAAGAAAGUGGCCAUUGUUGGAGGAACGCAUGGCAAUGAAACCAACGGUGUGCACUUGGCGAAGCAUUUCAUGAGGAACAUGUCCCUGGUGAAGCGUCCCUCCUUCGAGACGGAGGUCCUUCUGUCCAAUGUUGCGGCGAUCGAACAGAACACUCGCUACGUUGAGGAAGAUUUGAACAGGUGCUACUUCCUGGCAGAUCUGCAGAACGACCAGAUGUCCAGAUCCACCUUGGAGCGAAAACGUGCGCGCGAGGCUGGCUUCGUCGGACGUGGGCGGAGCUGGUGGGCAGAGCUGGUGGAGCUGGUGCAGUUCCUUAACUACGCUGAUUUAUGA